AUGUCGGGAAAGGAGGUUUACGAACUGUCCAUUCGACCAAUCACUUGUUUUGCCUUCAAUAAGGACUGCAGUCGUAAGUUUUGUCUUCGGACAUUUUUACUUCCGUUUAUACGUUCAGUUCAUGACGAGGAAACGUGAAACUGAUCAGGGGUAAUUUUGGCUCGUCGAUAUAUAUAAUGUAGUACUUAAACUUUAACAGGAACUCAAAUUUUGAUUAUUGUUAUGUUGCGUAUAGUUUGUAAUAUACUUCUUUGAUUUGACAGAAAUUGCCUUUUCUCCAAACGACAACACUGUUCAUAUCCACAAGAAGGCCGGCAACAAAUGGGACAAGGGUUUUGUUUUGACUGAGGUGAGGGCGGUAGUAGAGUAAGCCAGGCAAUUUGGCUUGUCCUAAAGUUAAGAUUUUUAUCCAAAAGCAGUAAUAUGGGGACCUCCCAUUUUUUAUCUUCACCCCACCCCCUCCAGUGUGGCAAAUUGAAGGAAAUUGGGCCUUAGGCGCGGUUCAGAGGCCGAACUUUCCAGGAGCCGAACCAGAUUCGAAUUAAGGUCGACCCAAAAUAUUUAGACCAGCUGAAUUGAUUCAGAUGCCGAUCUUAAUUGCAGUUGAACUAAGCUCAAAUGGCGAAAAAUGUUCAUUAUUUUUGGUCAAACUGCUUACAAAAUAUCUUAUAAUAAUUUAUGCAUUAGGUUCGGUACAGGGAAAGUUUGGCAUCUGAAUCAAAGCUGUUCCAAAGGUGGUCCAAAGGCAGACUUUCUGGCGGGGCUUGGUGAAAAGAAAGCCGUUCCAAAUGGAAACAGGUGUUCCUAAUUGAUUCAGACGCCCAACUUUUCAUGUACUUAUUCCAGUGUAUUAGGUUUGGCUCAUGAAAAGUUCGGCGUCUGAACCGGGCCUUAAGAUUCUUUUUCCAAAGAAGCUGACAAAUUUCGAGCAUUUUGUGGCUGCUGGUAAGGUAUGGAAUAUGUCAUAACCUUUCAGUUGCAUGUAACCUUUAUUAAGUUACCAACCACACCUGGGGGCUGGAGAGGGAAAGGGUGGCUGGAGGAAUAUUAUUUUGUACCUUUGUCAAUAACAUUCUGAGUAGAAAAAAAGGUCAAUCUGUUCCACUUGUGCAGCUGUACAUGCAACCAGUACACGUAAAACCAUUUUGUUUGUUUUUAUACCCUUCAUAAUAAGAAUAUGAAUAUUUCAUAUGCAUAAUACAUUGUUCAGCACCCUUUGUAAUAAGAAUACUAAUAUUUUACAUGCAUUAUACAUUGUUCAGCAUGGUCAGCGUGUCACUGGAAUGGCUUGGGGCCCAAACAGCAAUAGGCUUGUGACUUGUGGAGCAGUAAGUACACAAUGAAGACAGUUCUUUACUGUAAAUGUGGAUAAAAUCUCACAGUCAAGGCAGGUCAAGUGUACCCCCCAAGAUUCUAUUAAUGAAUUGAUUAUUUGAAAAAUGAAUCUGUUAAUUGUUCCCGUAACUUCCAGCAUGCUUCCAGCAUGCUUCCAUCUCAGAUGGAAAAUCUUUAAAUGGAUAAACUUGCUUCAAAGACAUUUACGUCAAUUCAGGGAAACUGAGCUGGUAGAAAUUUCAUAACUGCCUGGCUUGUGAAUUCACAGCUCACGCAUGCAAGAAUGCAGAGAUGAAUCUGAAAUCUACAAACGCCAACCGAUUCAACUUUCGAGUAAUGGAUUUAUUAAUGGAAUCUUGGGGGGUACACUAGUCUUGACCUGGCUUGACUGUAAGAGGUUAAUACUCUUUUUCAAUUGUAAUGUCAGCUGUUAUUUUUGAAAGUCACGGUAGGGAUGUAGCUAAGAGGAAGUUGCUGUUGAAUUUCAUUGGCUGAAAAUAAGUGCACCGCUGGCUCUUAUUGCUGGCUAGACUACUAAAAUGCUUAGCUUAGCUGUGAAGUUUUGUUGUUAUUCAUUAUUAUUUAUUUAUUUAUUUAUUUUUAGCUUCAAUAAUGUUGAAAGGAAGAUAUAAGGAAGUGGUGACUGUUGUGUGAACCUAAUUAGGCUCUUGCCAUGUUGCGCUUAAUAGUGUUCAUAUAUUUGCUUAAUUUUUUCAAAGGACAGAAAUGCUUAUGUUUGGAACUUUCAAGAUGGCCACUGGAAGCCAAUGCUUGUUAUUUUGCGUAUCAAUCGUGCUGCAACCUGUGUUUCUUGGUCACCAAAAGGUGAGAAAAACAAGCGAACAUCAUUCUGAUUAAUCUAGCACAGCAAUACCCAUAAACUUGAACUCAUACCUUACAGUCACCGCUAAUAGCUCAUAAGAAUAUUGUUUUGUCAUUGUCAGGAUAUAUUGAACUUUAGCGCAAACCGUUUUGUGAAAGUGAAACUGUCGCCAGCUCUUGCUUUCAACAAGAGUUCAAAUUCAUGAGGUUUCUCUCCAAUCAAUUCCUACAAAAUGUAGAACUUAUGCAUUCCUUUUCAUUACAUUUUUACUCUUCAGAGGACAAGUUUGCCGUAGGAAGCAGUGCCCGCCUGAUCUCUGUCUGCUACUUUGAAAAGGAAAAUGAUUGGUAAGUGACUGGUUCAAGUGUGAGUUAACUUUCAGCGCUGGUUUUGUAGAGCUUUACAAAAAAUCAUCCUCAUGUUUAUUUUUUGUAGGUGGGUCAGCAAGCAUAUCAAGAAGCCAAUUCGCUCAACUGUGCUAUGGUAAAUUUCUCUUAAAUAUUCUCGGUAUUUUCUGUGUAUACAUGUACAGUCAAGUUAUUUGCCUGGGUGAUGACUUUGGUUCACGUAUGCUGUGCUCUAGAAAAAAAUUGAAUAAAGCCCAGUACACUGAAUCAGUUUAAUCCCGGGAACACAAUGUCUGAUUUUCAUUAGCCUGUGAGCAAGCUCUCCAGUAAUGGCAAGUGAAGCGAGCCACGAGCGAACACCUGACCAAGUGGUGAAGCCGCAAGGGGUGGAGGAAAAGGAGAGCUUGCAACGAUCUCUCAUAAAUUUUUAUUUCUGCUUCACCCAGACAAAGUGAAGUACCAUUGGCUGAAAAGUGACACACUGUUGAUGAAUUUUGAUUGAUAACAUUCCUUGCCAUAAACUUAGAAACACGAUGCUUGUGGAAAUCAAGAUAACAUAAUCCUUUUUCAGAGGAAAAUUAUUGGGCGAGGAAGAAGAGUGCUUUCUCCUUUUGUCUGAUCACUGUGGACUGUGUGUUGUUUUAUUUUAUGGGUCAUUAAUAGGAUCUCAAGCCCAUAUAAACCAGCAAAUCAGAAGGCUGAGAAGUUGCGAGGGAAAUAUAUUACAAUACUAUUUUAAAUCUGACCACGUUUCUUGUGUCUGUGAGUUUCCCCACGACGAAAACAGUUGAUCUCAUAUUCAAAUGGAUACCUUGAAGAUCGGUCUGCUCAUGGAAUGAACAAAAAACUAUUGCAGUGAAAAAUAAAUUUUUUGAAACAGUGGAAAGUAACGAAUGCGAUUUCUAGGAUGAAGUUGAAGUAUAAAUAGAAUGCAGCGGUCAUGAAGUGACACAACUCCACUGAAUUCAAGGGCUAUUGUAGAUUUGACUCAGUUUAUAGAAGGUCCAGACCAAUUAUCUUCUUGUAGUGGUCUUUUCUUAGUAUAAAAUUGUAAUGUUUUGCUCUUUUUGGAGUGCUAGUGUAACUGGCACAUUUGUCCUGAUGAAGGUAACAGAAUUUAAGCAGCUAACACAUUUCUUGUUUCUGGAGACAGUUAUAAUGAUUUGCAGUUUCCUGUGGUUUCCGGGGUGGAAAUGAAAAUUCACAAGAGAUAGUUGCAAGCUACUUUUUCAUUCCCUGUCUCUUGUACUUGCGUCAUCAUGUGCUGCUCUUGUGUGACUUCUUGUCAUUCCUCUAAAUGGAGAGCUUACUGGCAGGCUAGAUUAAAAAAAAAAAAAGCAGUGAGCAACUGGUAAGCUAAAGGGACCUGGACCUGCGGUUGAGUGAAUCUUCAUGUGGAAUGUAAUGGCUAAAACCUGACGUACAGCCCAUUCAAGCGCUGCCACACAUGAGCAGUUAAUUGUCUUACGUCAGGUUUUAUGCAGCUGGCCCUCAUAUGAGGGUCUCUGGGUGUUGCUAGAACACAGCCCUGUUCACAGUGGAAAGUUUGUCUAACAUUGGGUUAAUCAUGUUUCCUGCAGCCUUGACUGGCAUCCUAACAACUUGCUGCUGGCGGCUGGUUCUUCUGAUUUUAAGACCAGGUAGUUUUAGUUUAUUUGUAUUUUGAUGUGUGGCUGAGAUAAAGAGACUUUAACUCCAUUUAAUAGAUAUUAUUAUAAAAUUAAAUGCCCUCCACCAGGGAUGAUACAUUUCAGUACCUAUUUAGCUGGGUUUGCAAAUUUUUCGUGAUUGGUAAAGUCAGUAUGACUUCUGGUUCACAAAUUUGGAGUCAUUUUGGAAUAAUUAUUUUGGAGUCAAACUAACACAAGUAUGAUGGAAAAUGAAGUAGCCACGGUCUCAUUUGAGAGUCCUCUGACCUCAAAAAGCUGAAAUCCACGAUGAUCAUCAUGCGAGUAAUUUCUUGUAAUUUAGCCUCUACUUGUACACACGUGCACUUCACUUUAGGUGGAUUAAAUCAGGUUUACAACGUUUGCAGUAUUUGUUUUAAAAAAGGAAAGAAAAAGCUAUUUUGCAACCAAACAUUUCUGGAGUCGAAGUGACCCCCUCCAUAACCUCAGUGGAGUUGUUGUAGUUAAUUUUUUGUCUCAGGUAAUUUUAUUUUUUAUUUGUUCCAACCUCAUUAGCAUAGAUUACCAUACCCAAAAACAAAAGAAAAGCAAAAAUUACCUGAGAUAAAAAAUUGACUACAGCAGUUGGUGUAAAAUACACCAAAUUUGGCGGAUUUGCAAAACCGUGUAUUAAGAGGGCUAAAGAAUUAUGCUGUAAUAAUAAUGUACAGUGUACUCAUUCUGGUAUUAUUACUUGUACUGGUAUAUUAAAUUCACUUUCAAAGUUGCAAUACAUGACCCCCUGCCUGUAUCAGUUCAUGAAUAAAAUUUGGUGUUUUUGUUUAAGGGACUUUUAUAGAGUACCGAAGUGUGAUGUCAUAGAAAAUGAAAGUUGUGAAAUUAUGGGAUUUGUUAAGAUAUUCUGAAAGAACAAGGUCCAAGACGCCUACUCGCCAAAAAUUAGCAAUUUGGGGCAGAUUGUCUCUGAGAUAUUAACCCAGUUAUGCUCCGAUGACUCCAUACAAAUCCUUCUAAAUCUUACCUGGUUCCUAAUCUUAUGAACCAAGCCAAAUUUAGAGGGAUUUGUAUGAAAUCGUCACAGCAUAACUGGGCUAAUAUCUCGGAGACAAUUUGCCCCGAAUUGCUAAUUUUUGGCGAGUAGGCAUCUUGGAUGUUGUUCUUUCAGAAUAUCUUAACAAAUCCCAUAAUUUCACAAAUUUCAUUUUUAUGACGUCAUCACUUCAGGUACUCUAUUGUAAGAAAGUCUUAGGCUUAAGCUCUACGUAGUCGGUGAGUUGGACAAACAAAUUCUUUUUCUAGAUGAUAGUGGACCAAAAGUUGUUUUCUAAAGGAAUUUAUGAGCUUUCCCCAUGAUUACAUCAUCUACAGAUAUGCGUCUGUAUGCAUGUUUUGCUGUACAGCUAUGUUUCCCAUUCUAUUAUUUUAUCAUUAUGUUAAUUUUCUUUACCCCCACAGAGUGUUCUCUGCAUUCAUCAAGGAAGUUGACGGAAAGACCAACACAGAUACUAUCUGGGGCAAGAAGUCUAGCUUUGGCUCUUGUUUGUCUGAGUUUUCCAAUGGCAGAGGUAUUUUAGAUAAAUAAAUCAAACCACAGCCAUUCUUAUUAUAGUCUUUGGAGGCUUUAUAGAAGGAGUAAUAUGACAAGAUACAGGAAUAAUGAUUAUGUUUUUGAGUAACUGUCUUUUAUCAAGUAGUAGGUAGGCUCAUACAAGAAUAUUGAUUGCUUAGUUCAAGUUAUUGUAGCUAAAAGUAAAAGAAUGUGCACCACUGUAGUUAGCUAGCUGUAGUUCCCAAAAGCUCUUAUGCCAAUUUUUGUCCAGGUUUUCCAUUUUUUUUUUGUCCACUGUUAGAUUUCUUGUGGAUUUUGUGAUUGGAUGGGAUUUUAGACUGAAUGUGCAAAAUAAAUAUUACACCAUCGCUUAAGAUCAAAAGCCAAGGUUAAGUUUUUUUUUAAACAAAAUAAGUGGUUUCCAUCAAUCAUUAUUUUGGUUUUGUGACGCUCAAAGUUAUCAACUUUGAAUUUCAGGAGGCUGGGUUCAUGGAGUAAGUUUUUCAGCAUCAGGAAACAAGCUGGCCUGGGUUGGACAUGACUCCAGUAUAAGUGUUGUGAAUGCUGCUAAUGACAACAAAAUGGCUACCAUCAAAGGAGAUUUCUUGCCUUUUAUGGCUUGUGUAUGGGCCAGCGAAAACAGCAUCAUCACUGCUGGUAAUGGUUGCAUUCCUCUUGUAGAGAACACAACAGACACAUUUAGAAAACUUUAGUCAUAUUUUGCACAACUUUCUGGCCUGUCUUCAGGGUUCUUUACAAACAAGGUGGCCUGUUUGGUGUUUAGUGGUGUAAAAUAAAAUGACAAAUGUCUCAGCAUUUCAAUCAAUGUAGAGAAUGCCAGACUCUGACUCUGAUGGAAUUUUUUAUUCUUUGGUGCUCCCUACUGAUCAAUGGUUUUUAUGAAGAAUUCUAGUAGCAGGUUUAAGGUGUAAUGUUACAAGAGAAAUAUUUUGAAAGGGUCUCCUCGUCUGAAUAAAAAAUAUUCAUAGGCUAUCGAAGGUUAGGUGGAAAAUUCUGCCUAGUAACAGAGAAUUCUCUGACCUCUGAUGCCUGAUGAACACUCUGCGACUCUCUGAAACCAUGGAGCAGGCUUAUAUUUCGCAUGAAUUCCUUAAGAUUUUUGUAGUUUGUAUGGUAUGUACUGUUUACAUUGAAAAUGACUUCAUGGCUUGUUCAUGUCUUGUCAUACUUUUCCCAUGGAACCUUACACUUUUAACCAUUGUUUUGUUUCUUUGUGUAAUUAUUAUACGUCAUAAUUCCAGCCCAAACUCCUCCCCUAAACAGAGGAGGAGGACAGAGGGAGUGGUGGAGAUGGAGCCUUGUCAACGAGUGUCUUAAUUUUUAUUGCUUCAGGCUAUGAUUAUGUCCCAGUAUUGUUCAGUCAUGAUGAUAGUGAUAGUUUGACUAUGGGGCAGAAGCUUGAUGUGCCUAAAAAGAAGGAAUCCACAGGAACAGUCAGUGCCAUGGCCAAGUUCCGUACUCUGGAUAAACAGGCACAGAGUGCUGAUGAUAGUGCUGCUGAUGCGGGUGUUAAGACCACUCACCAGAAUGCCAUCACGUGAGAACAUUUUUUUUCUGUUGCUUUUAGUGAUCAUGAUUGUCCUUCUUCCUCCUCUUCACAGCUUGCAAACAAAGUUGUGUCUGAUAGCCUGGAGCUAGUGGAUUCUUGUGAUUUGGCUUUUGAAUUCUGUUUAGGGCAAGUUAAGUUUUUGUGGAGGGGAAUUUAAAUAAAUUACUGAUUGAAGUACGUCCUGACGACAAAUUUUUUAAUUCCUUAGAAAUCCAAAAGCUGUUUUUAUGCUGAUCUGAGAAAAUGAACAUUAAUUAUUACAACUUAUUAUUACCAUGAAUUAAUAAUAGCGGGUAAUUGAAUAACUAAUGGUGCUAUUGAUUAAUAAAUAUUAAUAUUAAUAAAUCAGUUAUCAAUCCUGCUUUACCAAAAAAAAAUGGGCUUGUACAUGCUAGCUACAGCUUACCCCAAGGACAAGCUGUAGAACUGACUUGCUUUGCACCUUGCUUCCUUGCUUCUUAUAUUGAUUGGUAAUAUAGACCUUAACUUGAACAGUUGCCAGUCGUCUGCCAUAGUCAUAGCCUGAGAACACAAUCCAUGCAACGUGUUGUGAUGCCACUACUGGUUUCCCUGCAAAGUGAUGUCUGAGAAACGAGCGAUGAAAUUCCAAAUUUCCCGUAACUUCCCAGAUCUUGGUAGUGCUUCUGAUUGGUUGAAGCAAAUUUCCCACACGGCGCGACCAGUCAGAAGCACUACGUAGAUCUGGUCUGCUUUUGAAGGAGCUGUGUUAUUCAUUUAUUUUAUUUGCGCUUGGAAAACGGUCUUUUUGUUUCUUUUUAACAUAGCAAACAAGGCAAGUGAAACUAGAUAAUAUUAAUUGUUGUAUUGUGUGAGGAUUUCAUAUUUCCCAUCACGCAGUUGAUACACUUGCGUAUUAAAAUCUUAAUUCGAUGUCCUCUUUUCUUCUCAUAGUCAAGUGCAGAUCUCUGCUGGAUCUAAAUCAGCUGCUACAAAGUUUACGACUUCAGGUGUUGACGGCCGCAUUGUAGUCUGGGAUGUUAAGGUAUAAAAUGCUGUUAAAGGAUCAUGUGUAUUGCUAUUUUUAACUUAAGUAUUUCACGGCUUGUUUCCAGGUCUUCAUGAUCAUCGAAUAGCGAAUAAUCGAAUUAAAUAACCUAUACUGGCAGUCCUUCCGAAUUGUGAUUAUUUUGUUACCACCGAAACAGGUAGACCCCGAAUUCAAGAGCUUUCUGACAGACGACUAAUAGCAUUGCGACGUAAUUGACCAAUCAGGUCAAUAACCAAGUUUCAUACCAUCAAGUGACGUGAUACAACUCACUUUGUCUCUGAAGAUGACUCCCGCACAUGUUGUCGAAACGUCACCGUCAUUGUCAACAACAGUCCUAUUCAGGACCACGUUCACGUGGACGAUCAUACUCAACCCACUCGACGGAUAUAUUUUAUUUCUUUUUAAUGCGAACAACACAUUGUUCAUUGUUUGUUGCAGUCCCUGGAAUCUUCCAUCGCUGGCCUGAAGAUUUCUUAAGCAGUUGAAGAGUUAUCCUUCAAGAAUCCUCCUUACCUCCUUGUCAGGUGGUCUCAGAGAAAAUUCAUUUCAGUAUUUUUAGUUUUUGUCAUUAGUAUGAAAGGUUGUUUUGCAGUGUAUUGGCAAGUGGCAAGUUGAAUAAACCUUGUUUUCUUA